AUGAUUUUUCCUCUUUCCAUUUUCUUUUGCAGCUUUCUUUGGAUCGCCAAGUUGACAUAUGCAGACGUUUCGGAUCCAGAUAUUGUCGGCUCUUGGAGUUCCAAAUCACAAACAGUAAUGACUGGUCCUGACUUCUUCGAUCCAAUGAACGAGGACUUUUUCGAACCUGACCUUCCUGGUAUUAGUUACAGCUUUACGGAUGAUGGUCACUUUGAAGAAGCAUUAUACAUUAUCAAACCAAAUGCUACUUUUCCUCACUGCCCAAAGGCAUUUUUGCAAUGGCAGCAUGGUUCUUACACCAUUAAUGACUCAAAGUCUAUAAUCCUUUCACCCAUUAGAGGUGACGGACGUCAGCUUCAAAGUGACCCUUGCAACUUUAAAAAUUAUUCAUCUUACACUCGUUACACCCAAGAUGAAGUCAUGAAGGAAUACUCUGUAAGCAUCGAUAAGUAUCACGGUCGCUAUAAGCUUGAACUUUUUGAAUGGGAUGGUACACCCAAGCAACCUAUGUAUCUUGUGUAUCGUCCCCCCAAGAUGCUUCCCUUUUCGUUUUCCGGUGUUACCGAUACUAGCCAACUCCAGCAAAAGCGUUGGCUAUCAAGGUUAGCCGCAACCCUUGCCGAGAAGCAUACUACCACAAUCUGGUGGUUAGGUUUAACUUUUAUUGCUAUUGGUAGUAUUGGCUAUAUAAUCGUAUCCUAA